AACAACGGUUCUAUCCGUUUUGGUGUUUCUCUGCACUGCACUGGACUGUUUGUUGCAAGCAACCAGCACUUCUGUCUGUCAGUUCAGUUUUCAACUCAUAGAAGCAGCAGGUCGGUUCGGACCGAGCGAGCUUUGUUUGCCCCGCGGUCGAGCCAUUCUUUCCAUUUUCGAUUCCGCUAGCUGGAUUCUUUUUGUGCUGCUAGAACCGAUCUCCGUUGCCGUUUGUUGUGUUCUAAUUUAUCCGUUCUUUUUUUUUUAGUGGUGAAAAUUGUGUUUGUGCGGGUGCAAGAAAGGUGACAAAAGUGAGUGUUUUCGGUGCGAGUAAAAGUUGGGAAGUCCGGAAAAGUGAUACCGUUUGUGCCAUCAUCGUCCGACCGACGCUUGUGGGGGGAAGAAAAACAACAUGAAGCGAAAAUGAGCUGUCAAAGUGAAUGUUUUCUUUAUCAACACUUGCUGUACGUAGUCGACGUUGUUUUCGUCAUGUAGACCAAAAGUGAAUGAUUAUCAAUAUCAGCAGUAUCAACAACGUCAGGUGUGAAUAUUUUAAGUGGAACUGUAAACUUUGGAAUAGUUGAGAUAGUACCCGACUGCUGGAUCAAGUGUCGAAUAGAAGGUGAUCCAUAUUCAGGAAGUCGGAAAUUAGUAAUAAAAUUUCUACGGAGUAAAGGAAACAACCAAUAAAAAGAAGAUAACGCCAGUCCACCCCUUUUCCCGUAGUCCAGAACGGUAGUAGCGUAGCGCGGUGACGCACGACCCCGAGGCCCCGAGGAAUGACAAUCGCAAUGGCCGGUCUAACGACGUCGGAGAUCUGCGAAAACACCAAGCUGGCCCGCGAGAUGGCCGUUAUGGGCAACUACGAUUCGGCCGGCAUCUACUACGAAGGGGUUCUGCAAAUGCUGCGGAGACUGCUCACCGGAAUCUCCGAACCGAUCCGGAAGGGCAAGUGGACUAUGAUCCAACAGGAAAUCAGCAAAGAGUACACUCAAAUGAAACUGAUCCAGAAGACUCUAACGGAAAUUACGAUGGACCUGCAGAACGCGCCACUCCAGGCUCGUAUACGAACUCCGCUGCACGAAACGGCCAACAAGGAUCCGGCCGCCUGGUUCCGUGCCGAUCCGGACGUUUGGAUGCCACCGAACCCGAACCGGGAUCCGGACGUUUGGGGUCCUCCGCCGGACCUCAGUGCACCCCGCACAAUAGCAUCCCGCAAUCAAAGCCGGUCUAGUACGACUUUGAACCGCAAGGCAGAGGUCAACAGGAAGAAUGCAGUUACGAAAUCGGCCACAUCGACCUCAAUUUCCGGCCGGAAGACAGUUAGUUCGAACUCGCGGGCGAGCAACGGGAAAACUGGGACCUUGCCAAGGAACAAAGCAAAAGCCAAUUCCCUUGAUAAUGGGAGCGAAGGAAGCAAAGGGGAGAAAAGUGACAAGGAAAAGAACGAAGAGGAUGAUCAGGAAAACCAGGAAGAACCGGAGCGCAAGUUUGAACCGGCAAGUCAUUCCGACGUGGAUCUAGUCGAUAUGCUGGAGAGAGAUAUUCUACAAAAGAACCCGAACAUUCACUGGGACGAUAUUGCCGAUCUUCACGAGGCGAAACGGCUGCUGGAGGAAGCGGUGGUGCUUCCCAUGUGGAUGCCGGACUAUUUCAAGGGAAUCCGAAGACCUUGGAAGGGAGUACUCAUGGUAGGCCCACCCGGAACCGGUAAAACCAUGCUGGCCAAAGCGGUAGCAACCGAAUGCGGCACGACGUUCUUCAACGUGUCCUCGUCGACUCUGACCUCCAAGUAUCGUGGCGAGUCGGAGAAACUAGUUAGGUUACUUUUUGAAAUGGCACGCUUCUACGCUCCUAGCACCAUAUUUAUCGAUGAGAUUGAUUCGCUUUGCUCAAGACGAGGGUCCGAGACGGAACACGAGGCCUCUCGUCGGGUCAAAUCGGAACUGCUAGUACAAAUGGACGGAGUCAGCAACGACGAGGCCACUAAAAUUGUCAUGGUCCUAGCAGCGACCAACUUCCCUUGGGACAUAGAUGAAGCCCUCCGGAGACGGCUCGAGAAACGUAUCUAUAUCCCACUGCCGAACAGGGAAGGUCGUGAGGCUCUGCUCAAAAUCAAUCUGCGCGAGGUGAAGGUAGGCGAAUCCGUAGAUUUGAACAAGAUCGCUACCCAACUGGAUGGCUAUUCCGGUGCGGACAUCACCAAUGUCUGCCGGGAUGCCAGCAUGAUGUCCAUGCGGAGGAAAAUCGCUGGACUCAAGCCGGAACAGAUCCGCCAGCUGGGCAAGGAGGAACUGGACCUUCCGGUGUCGAAUCAAGACUUUAGCGAGGCGAUUGCCAAGUGCAACAAAUCCGUCUCGAAAGACGAUCUCAUCAAGUAUCAGCAGUGGAUGAGGGAAUUCGGUUCGUCGUGAUCUAAGCGUCCGCCACCGACGACGACGACGUCCCGACGAGAGAAUCGUGCAAUAAUCGCUUGUGUUGUCCACCCCGCCAUCAAAACUCGAUUUGUUUUAACCGUUUAUUUUGUGCGUUUUACGUAAAUCGUGUCUUUUAAGAACGAAUAUUUUUAUUUAUUAUUUUGUGAAUGAUUUUGUCUAUUGGCCACGACUUCAGUUUAAAACAAUGAUGAGUGUAUAAUUUCGUCUUGAUUCGUUCCGACUUUUCAGUUAAUUGCAUGUCUCAUUAGUUUAGUUUUUAAUGAUCAAAAUUCAUAAUUUCAUCUUGUAUCUGUCUUUAUCAUUUUGAGAUGGCACUAACACACACACACACUCACCGUAACAAUCUUUGCACCCAAUCAACCACCCUCCAAGAAGUUGUGAUGGAAGAAAAGGGAAUAGGUAAAAAGCUUUUGUUGCUACUAUUUUCAUACUUUGCUGAUCGUUGUGAAGAAGAGAAGAACGGGAGAAACAACUGUAGGCUAAACAAUCUUAAUUCUUCUGAAAAAUAUAUCACUAGAAACACUAAACAUACAUAUUUGAUAAGAUUAAUUUUAUUAAU